GACCUCACGCAGGCCCGCCAGGACGUGGUGUCCCUGCGCGCCGCCCACCAGCUCGCCGCCAAGAAGUGCGCCGAGACCCGCCAGCAGGUGCUCGGGCUGCAGAGCGAGUGGCAGGUCGCCAAGAGGUCCUUGAAGAAGGGCGCCAGCGAGACCCUGCCGCAGGCCGACGACGAGCAGAACAACGCGCUGCCCGCCAUGGCGCCCACAGUGCAGGCGCCCCUGCAGCACGAUGCCCCGCUGCGCCACCACCACCUCAUCAAGGCCCAGAUCCAGCAGCUGGGCGCCGAGACGCGCUCGCUGCGCGACAGCCACCUGCAGCUGCGCAAGCAGAUGCGCCGCCUGGAGAAGCAGGUGCACCUGGCCACGCUGCGGCCCGUGCGCCUCGAGAGGGUGGCCGACGACGCCCAGGCCGACGCCCAGGCCGACGCCGCCACCGAGGUCACGGCGCCGGAGGUGCUGCAACGCCUCGCCGCCCUGGAGAACACGACGCGGUCGCUGUCGCAGUCCGUGUGGAACGCCACGCGCCACGUCGCCGGGCUGGCGGCGCUGCGCGGCUCCACGCUGCAGCUGCUCGAGUCCCUGGAGGCGCUGGAGACCAAGGUGGACGCCAACGUGCCCGCCGUGCAGCGCGAGAUCUCCCGCCUCGAGUUCUCGCUGGCGCAGGUGCGCGCCGUGGCGCACGAGAACAAGGAGGACCAGCAGAACCAGGGCGCCUCCCUCAAGGCCAUGGCGGCCAGCCUGUCCACGCUGCAGGAGCGCACGGCCGCGGACCACGCCCUGCUCGGCGUGCUGGAGCAGCAGAUGGUGAACGCGACCGAGCGCCAGGACGCCCUGGACCAGGCCGUCAGCCACCACGCUCCGCCGCACCACGCCGCCCGCCAGGGCCUGGACAACGAGGCCCCGCUGGACCAGGUCGCCGACGACGCGUCCGUACCCCACCUGGUGGACGAGCUGAGCCACGUGCAGGCCGAGUACGAGGACAUCGUGCACAAGCUGCCCAAAGAUUGCUCCGGCGUGCGCGGCGACUCCGGCGAGUUCCUGGUGGCGGCGGACGGCGCGGGCGCGCCCAUCAUGGUGCCCUGCGACAUGCGCACGGCCCGCGGCGGCUGGACGGUCAUCCAGCGGCGCGCCGACGGCUCGCAGGACUUCAACCGCAAGUGGGAGGACUACGGCAAGGGCUUCGGCGAGCUCGCUGGCGAGUUCUGGAUCGGCAACGAGGCGCUGCACAGGCUGACGACGGACGGCUGCAUGGAGCUGCGCGUCGAGCUGGGGGACAUCUACGGCCAGCGGUGGCUCGCCGAGUACGACCAGGCCGUGGUCGGCCCCCGCGACGACGGCUACCGACUCAGCGUCUCCGGCUACCGCGGCAACGCGUCCGACGCCCUCGACUACCAGACCGGCAUGGAGUUCUCGGCGCCGGACCGCGACCGCGACACCUCCCACACGCACUGCGCGCAGAACUACGAGGGCGGCUGGUGGUUCUCGCACUGCCAGCACGCCAACCUCAACGGGCGCUACAACCUGGGCCUCACCUGGUUCCAGGCGGACCGCAACGAGUGGAUCGCCGUGGCCACCUCGGAGCUCAAGAUCAGGAGGAAGCCCGGCUGCGUGUCCAGGCCCGUCGUCUGGCCCGCCUCGUCCACGACGACCACCACGACCACCACCACACCGGAGCCCUACUGGGCCUCGUCCACGACCAGCGCGGAGCAGGGCGACAGCGCCACAGCCUAGGGCUAGAGCCUAGGGCGACACCCCACACCGUGGCACACUGGAACCACGGUACGGCGCGGCCGCCUCUCCCCAGCCACAAUGGCUUGGAGAGGAGAAUCAGACUGUCGCCCAAAAUUUAAGAGACGAAACUGUGUGAAAGUAGUGUAGUGGGCUCUCCCUCUGUGACGGUGACGGAGGACUGGGGGAGGCUCCCAGGCACUUGUUUGGUGUUCCUGGAUAUUUUUGGAACGUACUUCCUAGUCAGAGUGACUGCGAAUGUCAGACUUGAAGAAGUGGAUGACUGUGACCGAAGUGGAAAGAAAAAUAUGGGUGUAUUUAAGUUCUGGUAGAUGGUUUGUAGGCGUGUAUUUCUCUUGUGGAGCAUGUAUCUCUUUCUAGCAGCUCUUGUUAAUUGGCGGAAGAAAACUCCCUGAAAAUUAAUGUUGACAUUGGUAGAGCUGGAUUUGACAUCAUAAAAAGAAUGUUAGGAGAAAAAUCACAACUGAGUUUUAAAAAAAAUUAUAAUAGGGGCUUGCUACAAAGAGAGACAUCUGAUGAUCGUCUGCUUGCGAUCAAAAUAUCUCGAUAGCAGUAAACCAAAGUAAUUAUUAUGUUACCAUUUUAUUUUGUAUAGUUUUUCAUGUAAAAUAUUUGAUAAAGCAAAGGUUUCCUCCAAUUCAGAGGUCAUCUUUCAGGGCUUUGUAAAUUUAGCUCAUUGUUAUUUAUUUGUAAAUAAUUUUUAUGGUACAUAAACUAAGUCAUGUAGGAAAUUGUAGGUUUUAAAAAUUGAAAGGAUAAAUGGUACCAAUGCAGGUUUAGCCAAUUUUUGAAUAAAGGAUCAACUGUUUUCCUUUCAAAAAUUAACACCUUUAAAACUGAGGAUGAACUGUUGAAACUCAGCCUGACACCACUUUUCAUAAUUUCAACACAUUUAAUCAUCCCAUUUGCAUGUCAUUAAAAUUUUUGCUGUGGUAAUAUUCCAAACUGAAAUUUGAAACAAAUGUGGUCUUGCAAUGUGAACCAAAGAAUGUAUGCAGAGAUAGGCCGCAACUGUGGAUUUUGUUUGGUGUCUUUACAUUGUAUAAAAACCGAUCUGUCUA